GGAAUCCAACCAAAAAAACAAAACCCAAUGUUUGAUGGUUGAAAUGCUGCCCAUUUCUGUUAAGGAAGUGAUUCGGUCUCGUUUACUGCAGCUGUUUCCGCAACGUAGUGCUUGCCGUGCCAAAAGCGCCGCUCGCAGGUCAUGGCCCGUUGGCUGGUGCAAGCUGCCCUGCUUGCCUUGGCUCAGUCCCUGGAAAUCAUCAGAAGCUCGCCGCAGAUGAACGUCACCGUGCUCUCGGUGGCGAAAUUGGGGCCGUUCGAGACCGAGCCGGAAGCUUGCGACUACUGCGCACAGUCCUUUACCAAGGCGGGUGGGCCACAAGCCGGCCCCGUGACCGACGCCUGCGUGUGCAUGGCGCUGCCGGACGCGGACAAUGCCGGGAAGUUUACCAUGUUUUGCGCCACGCCACCCUCGGCUGCGGGCUACGUGAAGGAGAAGGAAGGCUGCAAGUGCAAGUUCCGCGAUAUGGAAGCCAUGGGUAAGACCACGUGCAAAGCCCUUUAGAUCGCCACUGAACCCGAUCAGGGCGCACCGUGGGACGGUUGCGGUUGUCAACACGGCGGGGGAAAAAAGUUUGGAACAGCUUUGCUUCGGCGCUGCGAGAUGAAGCUGUUUCAGUAGAAAUCUAUUGCUUAGGAAA